GGACGGGGCAUGUGACUCUUUGGAGGUAUGUUCCCACUUAAUAAUUGCUCACUUCUUCUCCUUCAUCUUCCUGUACUCAGAGUUUUACUCCUAUUCAAGGUUCUCAUUAUGUGAUUGAAAUCGGUUUUCUUUUUUCUUUUUUGCCCAUGUCAAUCCUUCUCUAAUCAGAAGGAAACAUACCCAUCAUCUGUCUAUCAUUCAUUCAUCCACAAUGACCUGGUCUACAAGGAAGAGAUCUUCUCCAGCAGGGGCCAUGUUAGAGAGAUCAAACAGCAUUGGGCCAAGAGAUGUUUUGGGGCUCUUGUUUUUCUUUGAUGAUAAAGCAUCCAGAUGCAGCCUCACCAAGAGUGCAAAAUCCACAAUAUCAAUCUGUGCAUCUAUGAUUCUCUUCACAAUCUUGCUGUUUAUGCUGUCUACAUUUGAUCCUGGCAAGGUUAAUUCUUCACAGCCAUCAUUGCCAACAAUAGGUCCCCAGAUUGAGAUCAGCUUCAGCAAAAGAUGGAGGGUAUUGCAGAACACUGUGAGUGAGAAAAAACUGAUGCCCAAGAAAGAGUGGACCAGAAGUAGGAGCAAGCUUGCUCUGCAUGGGAUGGGUACUCUGUUUAGGAGAGGCACUAGGGCUAUGAAUGAGCUUGUGGUUGCACAUAUUGAAGAAGAGACCACUGAACAUGAGGUCAGAUGGUUUUUAAGGACUUUGCAUAGAUCAGGAGUGACUGCAAGAGCAGAUGUUGUUAUUGUUUUUCCAUGGAGUCAUGUUCCUGUAGAGAUACUGGGUGUAAUUGAGGAGGAGAACAAGAGUUUUAUGAAGCUCUUGAAUAGUGUAAUCAGGGAGGCUACUGUACAGCAGACCAUGUCCAGAGCUAGUAUCAAUGCCAGCGAUGUUGAACAUUCUGAGCAGGUGUUGGCUUCCUCUAGGAUUGUUGUUAACAGGGGUGGAGGGGAAUUCAAUGGAUUGAAGGCCAAUUCUACUUGUAAAAUCAGUGCUUUUAAUGCAGGUGCAUUCAAGAAGGCUGCCCAGGAGAGGACUAGUGCAGAAGGAGGGAGGAGUGAGCCUCUGUGGGGUUUGAAUAAUGGGAGCCAGAGCAUUGGAUCUGGAGAGAUGUUUUUUGAGCCUGUUUGGGGAUCCAUUGUUGGCUUUGAGGUUGCAGAGCUUAACCCGGAUGAUGCCCUGCUUGGGUUUCUGGACCAGCCCCCCAUGCAGCUCAGGAGAUGGGCUUGCUAUCAGAUGCUGUUGGGUAAGAUUAGGCAUAAAUUUAAGCAUGUUCUUUUGACAGAUGUUAAGGGUGUUUUAGUUUUGGGUGAUGCUUUGGCUGUGGUAAGGAAGAAGAAUGGACUUUAUUUGGGUUUGCAGGAUAGGACUUGGAGUGAUCCUAUGCCUGAGAGUAAUAGCAGUAAUGAAACAGGGCUACUUGUUUCUGGAUUGGGUAAGAAGUCAAAGAGUGUUUUUGAGAGAGUUUAUGGGCAUCAGAUGUGGAGUUCUCUGGAGAGAAGAGAGAAAGAGAUGAAAUUGGUGAACAGUGGUGUGAUUCUAGGGGGAAUCCAACCUGUAAGACGCCUGGCCAAUGCAAUGAUGACUGAGAUUGUGAGAGUUGCAUUGCAGAGAAAGAGCAGGAGCUCAUUUCCUGACAGUGUCUUGCUUACAUAUCUUCUGCAAAAGAGUUCUGUGCUUGGGAAAAAAGUAAUGGACCAUGUUCAUUCAGUUGAGAACUCAGAUUCCAUUAUUCAUUCACUGGACAAGUCCAAGCAGAAGGAUUUGUUCUUUAAAAAGAAGUCUUCUCCUUACAUUAUUGUACAUGGGUAUGAAAAAUUGAAUGUGGAUACAAAUUUUACUUCAAUAGUUAUGAGGGAUAUUUGUUCCUCACCAGCAGAUGCAGAGGCUUAUGGAGACUGCAAUUGGGUGGAUACCAGACACACAGACAGCAGAUAGAAGAUUUGUUUAAUUUUCAUUAGCUUUGUGUUGGAUUGUUUCUAGAAGAAGCUAAUGAAUGAUAUUAGAUUAGCAUUGGAUUCUUUUGUAGAUUAAGUUGUCUUUGUCAUUUGAGUCCUGGACUCCUGUACAGUGCACGCCACAGACUUUCCAAAUCUGUAGUGCUCAUUUUUCAGUUUCCUUCCUAUAAACAAAAUACUACUGCUAAUGAUGAUUGUAUCACUACGACAAAUAAGAGUUUUCCCAAGAGAUCUUGGGAAGUUUUGGAUC